GGGAUGCCUCCUACCCGGAAGUGAAAGUCAAGCGAUGGGUGACGGACAGCUCAGCGCUAACAGUGACUUCCUGUGUGACAGUGUGAACCUGCCGCACUGAAACACCCUCCUCCAGAUGUGCACUUAGUUCCUCCGUCUCGGCAGCCGUGCUCCCCGCUCACUCCUCAGCCUCCUGCCUGUCAGCUAGUACCGGUGCCGGACUCCAGUUCCUUCCAGUGGGUGCCUGUCCGUCCUCACCAUGAACACGGCUCUGUCUCGGGCUAAUUCCCUGUUUGCCUUCUCCCUGAGUGUGAUGGCCGCCCUCACUUUCGGCUGUUUCAUCACCACCGCCUUCAAAGAUCGUGUGGUGCCAGUCAAUAUCCAUGUGUCCAGGGUCAUGCUGUGAGUGCCCUCUCUGUGUAUUCUCUGCAUUCCAUAGCAUGGUGUGCAUGCAGCUCCAUUCAUCUGAUCAUCACCUGGACUGCAUUGCAGGCAGCAGCUUCACUGUGUGUUUUGUAUGGCUGGCUGAGCAUCAUGGGGAAUGGCGCUGACAACAGCUGGAGCUCCAACCAUUUAGCUGUCACUCACACCUGGUUGGCUAUGCACCAGGGGAAAUGUAGUCCACAGCUGCUGGUGUACCAAGAGCUCAGCAGUCAUUCUCAUUGAAGAGUUCUGUGUGUGUAGAGCAUAUUGUUUUAUUAUUAUUAUUUUAUUAUUUAUAUAGCGUCAGCAAAAUUUCGUAGCGCCGUACAGUGGGUUUUAUAAUUUGGUUUGGGUAUUUAUCAAGCCAGGCAUUUUGGAGAAUUGACCAGGGAAUUGCUAAAUUUUUAGGCUAAGAAAUAAACAAAGUGGGCAAUAAAAUCUCUCAACUAAUCUUCCAUCUUGGCUAUUUUAGCCUAAUAUUUGAAAUUCUCUACUUAGUGGUUAACCAAUCCUCAUCUGUACUGCCAAAUAGUCAUAAAUUAUAGUCUUGUAGUUCCAAAAUUGGGCUUUCGGAGUUUGGUCGAUCAUUUUUUGAAAGUGUAAAAUGGAUUUGGUUACGUAGCUGGAGCAUCAUACAACUUAUUUUAUUUUUAUAACAUUUACGUUACUGAAUUAAUUUGUUUGUGAGAAUGCUGCAGUUUUGUCAGUUAAAUUAUAGAGCUAAUGUUUGCAAAUCAUGUCUUAAAUUAUCUUAAUACUUAGUUGAGUAAAUCAAUAACACCAAUAAUUCCCAAACCCACUAGAGCCUGAACUCUUAUUCUCCAGCCUAUUAUGCCUGUAUAUCCACGAUAAUAGUCUUUCUCUGUUUGUGGUUAUUGUGCAUUUAUUACUUUGUUAUUUUGCUUGCAAGUCUUUUCCUGGUAUCUGCUAUCUCUGUAGUAUUACAUCAAUUGUAUUAAAGAAACACACUACGGCCCAUAUUCGAAAAAUAUAUAAAUCGGUGUUUAGUAGCUACACCACCAAUUAAUACAUGCAUGUAUUCAAUGAUGGUAUAUCUUAAAACCGUUUGCAAAAGCUGCAGCUCUUACAAGCUCUCCCCUUUUUCUCUGGAAUAGACUUUCAGUUAGAAGCCUUUGAAUGGCUCCACCUGUGCAGGGGCAUAUCCCCAUAUCACCCCCCUAAAUCUAGAAAUAAUUUAUGAACUGUCAUUAUUAUGGGAUACUCCUCACCCAUAAAGCACUUCAGUAAGCUGAAGUACUUUAUGGGUGUAGAGUGGUCCUUUUUGGCACUCUGCACCAAGUUCCCCAGUUUUUUCCCCAUAUUUUUAAACUUGCAAUAAAAGGAUUAAAACUUUCCUGGAAUUCAGCAUCAAGCUAAGCCCUCCACAAUGGCGACCACAUGCCAUGUUGAUAGUCAGAUCAAAUGCUUUUAAUAGAGGAGUGUUGUUGGAUCACUAAACGAUACAAUGCACAUGCCACAUGUUCAUGAACGGCGAGAUUAGCGGUGUAUAGCUCAUCUUACCAGUCACUGAAUAGGGAACAGAGGGAGAGCCCUACAGAGGGUGGUGGGCAAUGAGCUGGCUGGAGGGAGAUAACGUCUGCUGAGACGUUUUCACACAGAAUUAAUAGUAGACUAAGUGUAAUUACACCCCUGCACAAAAUGACAGAUAUCUCAGUAUAGGCAGCAUUUCAAGUUGAAACGCUGCAUAUACACAUUACUACUACUACGACUACUUCGAAAAGUAGAAGUGGUCAUGGUGAUUGUAGUAAUCCUUUAAAAUGUUAGAUUUGAGAAAAAAAAAUUAAUAAACUCAAAACGUAGCCACAUACGUGCACUUGUUUCCUCUGAGGUUUCACAACCUGCAUACAUACUUGAAUAUUCUCAUAAGUCAUAUGCCAUAAUUUGUAGACUACUUUACAUAGUAAUUUUGUGAGCAUAUCUAUCUUUAUUAACUUAUAGAAAUAAUGGUGGAGUAAAGUGUGAACUGUCUAAUCGUAAGUCAAGCAGGGUUAUUCACUUAAGUUAAAAUUGUCUGGAGUUUCAAAUUUAAGGCCAAAAUAGACAUAGUGGAAAAAAACUUAGUCAGCUGUUCUUCCAGUUUUUGCUACUGUAGCCUUAAAACCCUGUAGGUUUUUAUUUUCAUGCUCUGUAAGCAAUGAUGUCUUUUAUUUGAAUCAGGAUAUACAAAUGUAAAUUUGUUUUCUAGGGGCUUUAAAUAUUUCCCUGACCAAUUAAUUAUAAGCGAGACAAAAUCCUACGCUUGCAUCACUUACAGCUAUUGAUUUUAGAACUCAAGGUCCCGUGUUUGCCAAACCCAUUGUGUAAUACUACCAUCUGUCUCCAACCACAUAUGAACAGUAUUUUAUUGUAAGCUGCUGCCAUUUGUUGAUUCUGAAUAACAUUAAGAAGAUAACAAUUAACCCCUUAAUGGCAGAGCCAAUUUUACAAGUUGGAAACCAAAACAAAACCUGGAAUAAGAGUUGUAAGUCUGUUCAACCAUGGUUUACCUCUUUUUAAUAUAAAGUGUACCACACAAUCCUAUCAUUUUGUUCAGGACAAAUAAGGCUUUAAUUUCACAUUAAAGGGUCACCAGAACAACUACAGCUUAUUGUAUUUGUUCUGGUGAGUAGAAUCAUUCCAUUCAGGGUUUUUGCAGUAAACACUUAAUUUUCAGAGAAAAUUCAGUGCUUACAUUACAGCCUAGGGAUAACUCCACGUGCCACUCCUCAGAUGGCUACCAGAGGUGCUUCCUUGGGAAGUGCCGCACAGUGUGUCCUCCCUCUGCAUGGAGACACUGAACUCUCCUCAUAGAGAUGCAUUGAUUCAACACAUCUAUAUGAGGAGAUGCUGAUUAGCCAGGGCUGUGUUUGACCUGUGCUGGCUCUGCUCCUGAUCUGCCUUCUUGACCAUCUCAGCCAAUCCUAUGGGAUAUUGGCUCAAAACAACACUUCUGAUGAUGUCAGCCAAGAAGACAGACCGGGGGCAGGAUUUAUAGGGUGAGGUAUGUUUUUGCCUCUCUCAUUUGUCUUCUCUGAUAAAUGUGCUCUCUAAUUUGUUAAAGAGCUUACACAAAUGUUACAUAUUGAAUUGCGGUAACAUUGAAUAAAACUGUCUUUCAGAGAAAAUGUUGAAGAUUUCACUGGUCCAAGAGAAAGGAGCGAUCUUGGUUUCAUCACUUUUGAUUUAAAUGCUGAUAUCCUUUUUCAAUAAUUGUUGUUGUGCACAGUGUUUUUAAUCUAUGCUUAUAUAGUAUUUAGGCCAACACGAGAUAUUCUCCAGGCACUCAGUGUUCAAGCCGCAGGCAGUUUUAAUAGAACAAAAAAGAACAGCAACGUUUCGACCUGUUAUGAGGUCUUUUUUGUUCUAUUAAAACUGCCUGCGGCUUGAACACUUUGAGUGCCUGGAGAAUAUCUUGUGUUGGCUUAUCAUUGUGGGAUUGCUGGUCAUGCUCCGGAGGGUGGCUGCUAUCAUUUUUUCUGUAUAGUAUUUAAAUGUUGGCAAACCUAAUCCUACUGAUAACACACCCUUGAGGAAAUCUCAAGGUUACACUUUAUUUAAUGUUCCUAAUGCCUUGGUGCCAAAACGACUGGUGUGUGUGUAUGUGUGUAUGUGUGUAUGUGUAUAUGUGUGUGUGUGUGUGUGUGUGUGUGUGUAUAUAUAUAUAUAUAUAUAUAUAUAUAUAUAUAUAUAUAUAUAUAUAUAUAUAUAUAUAUAUAUAUAUAUAAUAUAAUAUAAUAUAAUAUAAUAUAUAUAUAUAUAUAUAUUAUAUAAUAUAUAUAUAUAUAUUUUACAUGUAAUGCAUUUAACUUUAGUAUGUGUAUUAUAUAUACAUAUCUUAAAAAUUUUAGUUCUAUUUAUCAUCAAGUGUGUGUACGUAUUUUAUGCUAAAAAUAAAUGGAAGAAAAUAUUUCUAGUCAUUCUAUUUUAAAUUCACAUAUACUGUAGAUGUUGAGGAUUUGCUUCUUGGUAAACUCUUUUCCAUUUCUUGUUAUGCCUUUAAUGGCAUUCUAAUUUGUAUACGUUGACAUUUAUUUUUAUGCAUACUUUACACUUUUGAUAUAUGUUCACCCCUUCAUUUAAGGGAAUAGUCCAUUAAAAAAUAUGUAGUAGAUAUCCCAAAGAACAUAUGCCUGUCAUUUGUUUUGACAGUUUCUUUGGGGUUAUAUGAAAUUAUGGUUUGUACUAACUACCGCAAACCCUCCCAUUCUUCCCCAGCACAGACUUUCUGUGGGUGUUCAAUUACAGGUUUCUCAAUGAGAUUUGUAAGGCAGGUUUUGUGGGCAGUACUCAGAACAUCCAGUUUAGAUUUGACAGGGUUUUUAUGUUUAAUCUUUUAAUUCACAACCUUGCCCCUUGUACAGUUCAUAAUGAAUAAUGCUGACAGGCAUGUAUCUCACUUACUUACACCUUUUAUUACCACUCACUAAUCUCUUAAAUUUAAUGUUGUACAAUGUUGCACAUUUUAUUUUAAAUCCCAUAUGUCACCUAAAAACUGUUCUGCAAAGUGUAUACCAUUUCUUUCUCCAUAACAAUAGUGCUUCUAAACUGUCUUUUCUUGUAAUUUACACCUCUAAAUCUAGCAAACAUUACUUUUCUAUAUCUUGUACAUUCGUAUCUUCUUAAAAGGACACUCUAAGUAACAAAUCCACUACAUCUUAAUCUAUGCUAUGGUAAUGUUAACGCAAUAAAUAUUGUAGAAUUUGUGCAUAUUUGGCUUCUGGCAGUGUAAAACAGUGUUUCUAUGUGCAGACGAUUCUAAUGCCAUAAUCCCUUCUGUUUAAUUCUACUGUUCUUGCACUAGUUGUCGUGGCAGCGCAAAGAUGUGUGUUAUCUUGUGCACAUCAAAAAUAUUGAAUUUAAAAAAAACAAUCAAAAACAAAAAAAUAGUGUUUCCGAGGAACUACAAUUUUUACAUAUUUGCCUGAAUCAUGUAUCUAGUGGAUGUCAGACAGCCAGUAGAGACACUACCUUCUUAAAAGGUACCCUGCAACCACUUAUCAUGGCCUCCUCUCCCAUUCCCCACAAUCUCAAUAGAGAGGUUGGUGUUAUAUUUCUGUAUCACCUACCUCUAGUCCAUUGUUGCUCCUCCUCUGCUGUUCACUGAUUUGCCCUGCUUGGGAGCACUUCACCAAGCAGGGCUAACCUCAGUGAAGCCGACAUGCUGACUACUUCUGAACGGAGUGUGUGUGUGUGUGUGUGUGUGUGUGUGUGUGUGUGUGUGUGUGUGUGUGUGUGUGUGUAUAUAUAUAGUAUAUUUCAAUCUACUCGGCAGGGAACAGGCUAUAGACUGCGAAACAUAGAAUGUUAUGGCAGAUGAGAUCCAUUCGGCCCAUCUAGUCUGCCCAGAACCACUACAUUAAUCUGAGGCUCUGACUCAAGUUAUGUAGUGGAUUUACUUUGUUUAGGAUCAUUGUCUUGCUGCAUUACCCAACUUCUGAGUUUCAGCUAGCACACAGCCACCAUAUUAUCCUGUAGGAUAUCUUGAUAAACUUGAGAACUAAUUUUUCUGGAUGGCAAGUGGCUCAGGGAAACUAUAUAGUACCCCUCUAUGUCAAGGUCUUCCUGUUAAAAACCCCUGCAGAUGUCCCUCAGCACUACUCCUCGUCAACUCAUGGGGGAGAAUUAAUGUGCGUGCGCGGAAAAACGCUUUCCUAUGGGUUUUUGCGUGAAGCUGGAUGUCCUCAUGCAUAUCAUAGGACAUCCAGCGUCAGGCGACCAAAAGUCGCCAAACGACCUGGAAGUCCCUCUAGUGAAGUGAUGGUGAACCUAUGGCACGCGUGCCACAGGUGGCAUGCCGAGCCCUCUCUGUGGGCACGCGGCCGUAGGUUCAGCAUCAAUGCAGAGUAGGCACCUGCCUGCCCGAAACGGCAGGCGCCUACUCUGCUUCCUUGUCGGCAGGACCGGAAGCAGGGGGAGGCAUCUAGGAAGCAGCUCUCCUGUCCUCCCUCGAGCUGUGUGGAGCGUUGUUGUGCAUUACCAUGGCAACGCUCCACACAGCAUCGCUCGGGAGGACAGGAGAGCUGCAGGCUCCUGUCCUACAUACUUACCACCACUGGACCACCAGGGAUGGCUGUGUUUCCCCCCCCUCCCCUUCACCAAAGGUAAGAUGAAGGGAGGAGGAGGGGUAGUGGGGUGGGGGAAUACUGAUUCAAUAUGCUUUUUUUAAAAAAAACCAAAACGCUUUUAAUGUAUCUUAAACCCCCCCCCAACAGAGCACCCCUGCCUCCCCACAUACAGCACCCCUCACACAGCACCCCUCACACACACACACACACACACAGCACCCCUCACACACACACACACACAGCACCCCUCACACACAAACACAUACACUGCACCCCUCAAUGCAGUAUAUGUGUGUGUAUUUAGCAGUCUGUGUGUGUAUGUAUUAAGCAGUCGGUGUGUGAAUUUUUUCAGCUGUGUGUAUGCAUUGCAUUUGUUGGAGAUACUAACAAAUAUAAGCUUAAUUUUAUCUAUGAAUAUCAUUAUUUAAAAUGUGUAUAUUUGAACUCUGUGUCUUUUCUAAAACAAAAGAUGUUAACUAGUUCGGACAACUGUACGAGUUGUUUUUUUUUCUAAACUUAAAUCUCAGUAUUCAGGUUUAAUUGCCGUGUUGGCACUUUGAGGAAAAAAAAGUUGUCAUGUGGGCACUCGGGCUCAAAAAGUGCUCAUCACUGCUCUAGUGUCUGUCUGGUAGACCGCUACUAAAGGUGGAGUUAAUCUACAAAGGUAAUUAUUGCAGUUUCUUAAAGCUGCAAUAAUUACCUUUGCAGGGUUAAGGGACCUGGGAAUAUGCACCCAGACACCUUCAAUGAGCUGAAAUGGUAUGGGUGUCUAUAGUGUCCCUUUAAGUUUCAUGAGUCCACAAAAUAUUUUACAGUAGCAUGUCAUGGUGCUUCAAGGCAAACAUCAGGCGCACAACAAUUUUAUUUACAUUUUUCAAAUAAUUAUGGAAUGGUAAAAUGAUUGGAAUGGAUUCCUAGUAGAAACAUAAAUUUUUCUAUAGGCUGGUAAAUUAUUUCGGGAGUAUACAGUUGCAAGAAAAAGUAUGUGAACCCUUUGAAAUGAUAUGGAUUUCUACACAAAUUGGUCAUAAGAUGUUAUCUGAUCAUUAUCUAAGUCACAAUAAACAAUCACAGUCUGCUUAAACUAAUAACACACAAAGAAUGAAAUGUUGCCAUGUUUUUAUUGAACACACCAUGUAAACAUUCACAGUGCAGGUGGAAAAAGUAUGUGAACCCUUGGAUUUAAUAACUGGUUGAACCUCCUUUGGCAGCAAUAACUUCAACCAAACGUUUCCUGUAGUUGCAGAUCAGACGUGCACAACGGUCAGGAGUAAUUCUUGACCAUUCCUCUUUACAGAACUGUUUCAGUUCAGCAAUAUUCUUGGGAUGUCUGGUGUGAAUCACUUUCUUGAGGUCAUGCCACAGCAUCUCAAUCGGGUUGAGGUCAGGACUCUGACUGGGCCACUUCAGAAGGCGUAUUUUCUUCUGUUUAAGCCAUUCUGUUGUUGAUUUACUUCUAUGCUUUGGGUCAUUGUCCUGUUGCAACACCCAUCUUCUGUUGAGCUUCAGCUGGUAGACAGAUGGCCUUAAGUUCUCCUGCAAAAUGUCUUGAUAAACUUGGGAAUUCAUUUUUCCUUCGAUGAUAGCAAUCCGUCCAGACCCUGACGCAGCAAAGCAGCCCCAAACCAUGAUGCCCCCACCACCAUACUUCACAGUUGGGAUGAGGUUUUGAUGUUGGUGUGCUGUGCCUUUUUUUCGCCACACAUAGUGUUGUGUGUUUCUUCCAAACAACUCAACUUUGGUUUCAUCUGUCCACAGAAUAUUUUGCCAGUACUGCUGUGGAACAUCCAGGUGCUCCUGUGCAAACUGUAAACGUGCAGCAAUGUUUUGUUUGGACAGCAGUGGCUUCCUCUGUGGUAUCCUCCCAUGAAAUCCAUUCUUGUUUAGUGUUUUACGUAUUGUAGAUUCGCUAACAGGGAUGUUAGCAUUUGCCAGUGACUUUUGUAAGUCUUUAGCUGACACUCUAGGAUUCUUCUUCACCUCAUUGAGCAGUCUGCGCUGUGCUCUUGCAGUCAUCUUUACAGGACGGCCACUCCUAGGGAGAGUAGCAGCAGUGCUGAACUUUCUCCAUUUAUAGACAAUUUGUCUUACCGUGGACUGAUGAACAGCAAGGCUUUUGGAGAUACUUUUAUAACCCUUUCCAGCUUUAUGCAAGUCAACAAUUCUUAAUCAUAGGUCUUCUGAGAGCUCUUUUGUGCGAGGCAUCAGUCACAUCAGCCAAUGCUUCUUGUGAAAAGCAAACCCAGAACUGGUGUGUGUUUUUUAUAGGGCAGGGCAGCUGUAACCAACACCUCCAAUCUCAUCUCAUUGAUUGGACUCCAGUUGGCUGACAUCUCACUCCAAUUAGCUCUUGGAGAUGUCAUUAGUCUAGGGGUUCACAUACUUUUUCCACCUGCACUGUGAAUGUUUACAUGGUGUGUUCAAUAAAAACAUGGCAACAUUUCAUUCUUUGUGUGUUAUUAGUUUAAGCAGACUGUGAUUGUCUAUUGUUGUGACUUAGAUGAUGAUCAGAUCACAUUUUAUGACCAAUUUGUGCAGAAAUCCAUAUCAUUCCAAAGGGUUCACAUACUUUUUCUUUCAACUGUACAUGAUAGUGAGGGAGGUUUUAUCGACUGAAUUUCAUUUCACCAAGUAAAUGAAAGUAAAAAUAUGUGUACACGAUUUUGUCACUGAAAACUUUAAAUGUGCUUCUGAAGAUUACAUUGGCCAUUUGUACUUUAAUCCACAAAAGCUUUAUUAUAAUAUUCAUUGGUGUUACUUUGUUCAAUGAUCUACUGUGUUUGUGUUUUUUGUUUUCCUUAACAUUUUACAUUUGCAGCCAAUAUUUGAUUGGAAUGUGAAGCAGCUAUUUAUUUAUUUAUCAGCUGAAUAUUCAACUAGAAGCAAUGUAAGUAUGUUUGAAUUAUGUUGGAUUUGGGGUUAUGUCAAGCCUCUAUAGCAGAUGUGCCCAAAAGGUAGAUCCCCAGAUGUUUUAACACUACAACUCCCAUAAUGCUUUGCAUGCAUUUAGAAUGACAAAGCAUCAUGGGAGCUGUCGUUUUAAAACAUCUGGAGAUCUACCUUUUGGACACCACUGGGAAGGUGAACUUACAAUAAUACAAUCCACUCAUAAUAUUGAGUGGCUGUAUUUUAUAAAUUAAUCAAAUGAGUCAUUAUUUGUUCUCAAAGGACCACUUUUUUAUUAUUAAUCUCUGAAAAAAUUGUCUUAAACAUGUAGUUAUCCACUAAAAACCAUUUACCAGCUAUUCAACUGAAAAUUUUAUUUUUUUGGCUAAAAUAACCUAAUUGGAAACAUUCUCUAAUUGCAUAGGUUUUCAGUGUGGCUAUUUUAGAUUAAAAUGCAAAAUUCCAUGGCUGAUUUAACAACAUAUCAAGGUUUAGAGCAAGGGUAAGCAACCUUUUGGCACUUUGGAUGAUGUGGACUGAAUCUGCCUUAGUGCUUGUAAAGCAACAGUGUAGAUGUAUUCCGCAACAUCUGGAAUGCUGUAGGUUGUCUAUCCCUGGUUAAGUGAAUAACUGAAUAUAGUUUGUUUUACAGCUUAGUCUCUGAAAUAUCAUAUUUAUAUUCUAGAAACAGCAAUACAUUAAAUGAAAAUUUGCUUAUUUUUAAAUGGUUUACCUAGGGUUAACAAGUGAGAUGAUACGCCACAAACAAUACAUAUAGGUUUGAUUAACUAGUUCCAGCCGAUUCAGUUGUUGUACUGCUUUGAACUCAAUUAGCUUGCCAAUACUCAAGAAUAAAUAUUAAAAUGUUUUCGCUAGUUCUAGAGAAGUAAAUGUAUUUAAAUAAAUGCCCCUUAUUUUAUUCGCUAUGAAAAUAUAACAAAUGUAUGUGAGAAAGUGAAAUUGAAUCCUUGGAAUUAUUUAUUCAUGCAGUUUUGGCAUACAAGCCAUUAGUUCAUAUUUAUGUAUCACAAAUAAGAAUACAUUUUCAGUCAGAGUGAUCUUGCCUCCUUAUUAUCAUAUGCAAUUAAAGGAACUAAAUGAAGUCACGGUGCCAGGAGGCCCCCGGGCUCACUUUUACCUCAAGGGGUUAAAUCAUAUUUGGUUUAACCUGGUUAAGCUAGCUCCCUUACUACCACCAAACCUCCCCCCCCCCCGCACAAAUAAUCUCUCACUCUCCCCCAAUAUGCGGGGUUGCCAUUAUCGAUUGAUCGCACCGCAUCCCCUACCUUUAAGUCCAUACUCACCUUUUUUAUUUUUAAAUUAAAUCUACUGCUUAUAACAACUGCACAAAGUGCUUCUGCACGGCGGUGUACUCUAAUUAAAGGACCACUAUAGUGCCAGGAAAACAAACACGUUUUCCUGGCACUAUAGUGCCCUGAGGGUGGUCCCACUCCUGUGGCGCUGAAGGGUGAGGAAUGGGUAAUCCCUUACCUUUUUUUUCCCAGCACUGGGCUCCCUCGGCGCUGGGACUCUCCUCCCUCUUCUGACGUCCCUGGCUGCAUGCGCAUGGGCGGCAAGAGCCGCGCGCGCAUUCAGCCAAUCCAUAGGAAAGCAUCUCAAUGCUUUCCUAUGGACGCUGGCGUCUUCUCACUGUGAAAAUCACAGUCCGCACAGUUAACAUAACGUUUGUAUGCAUGUAACAAACCUCUGUUAUGUCUCGACAUUUUUAUUGCAUGUUGUGAAUACCGUUGCCCUGCCUGUGGCAAACAUAAAGAAUUUCAAAAAACAAAAACACUAUUUGGAUAAUGAUUGGUAUGUUUAGUAAUAUAAUUUGCCAUGAGCUAGAAAGACUAAUGCAUUAUUCAUUUAAUUUGAACAGAUGUCAGUGAUAUAGAAAUUAGAUAUGUAUAAAUUUAAGUCCAAACCCCAUUGCCCUGCUUUUAAUUUCCGUAGUUAUUUUGUUCUUAUAGUCCUUCAUCUAUGUGGUCCCACUUGCAUGGUUUAAUUUCACCCCUUUUGUGUAUAUAUUGUAUUCCUGUGACCAGAAAAUCCCUUUAUGUUUAGUUUAGUACAAUGGAAUAUACAACCAAAAAGACGACAGUGUUGAAUUCUUUUGCACUUAACUCACAAUACUCUAUCAGAACAAGUACUGGUUUCUAAUGUUUUUUUUUUUUUUUUUUUUAACUUUAGGCUUUGAACCAAGUUGUUCUUUGGGACAAGAUCAUCCUUCGAGGGGAUAAUCCAAAAUUGUCUUUAAAAGAGAUGAAAUCAAAGUAUUUUUUCUUUGACGAUGGAAAUGGUCUAAAGUAAGCAUCUGGAAAAAAUAUAUUGUUUUAAUUAAAGCGUGCUAUAUAUUUUUUAUUUCUUUUCACGUAGCAAGUUCUUGCGAUAAAAUUUAUAAGGUGAAAGCUGACACAACUGAUGUCUGUUUACUUCUUGGCGCCAGAAUGUUCCGUGAUUGAUUUGUGGUGACAGAAGGGAAAGUUCUGUGAAAGAUCAAAAUGUCAGAAGUACUCUAAAGGGUUGCUGCUUAAUUAUCAUUGUUUGAUAUUCAGUGUACUACGAUUUCCUGAAAAUUAAUUACGUGGUAUUACUAUUUGAAAUCUGAACCUGGUAUUCAGGAACAGAGAUGUUAAAGUGUCUGCGUUUGUCUCCCCUGUUUCUGUCAGUGCUAUGUUUAAUAGCCAACCUACCUUAGGAGUGGAUGUUAUUGGCUACACGUUUUAAAGAAUGUUAAAAAUAUCCCUUAUACAUUGAAUGGUGCCACUACUUUCCAAGGUUUAAUAGAUGUUUGAGCCUAUUCAGGAACAGAAAGGGUGAAAUAUUAAGCUGUUCGACAUGGCCAGACAGUAGACACUCAGCUACAACUUCCUUGAUAAUAUGCCAGGUUUAAGGAUGGAAGUUCAUCAUUGGAAUGGUAGUUAAUAAACACUUGACUAUCCUUGGAGUACCUUUUACUUAUAUUUCAUCUCUGGUACUACUACAACUGCAGAGUCAAUGUAUUCAUAUCUAUUUAACACGCAAUACAGCUUUAAUAUAUGAAAAACAAAUGCUGUUUUAUUUUUCCAUGUGAUUAAAAUAUUUUUUUAAAUCUCAAUUACAUGCAAAUUGCAAGAUGUUUGCAUGAUACGAUUGUUUCAUGAUUCGUUUGUAUACUGCGACCAAAGUAUAUUAUUAUUAUUUUUUUUCUUUUUUUUUUUUUUUUAUUUUUUUUUUAUAAUUACACACCUUGUUCUAUUGCAGGCAUCCCCAAACUCUGGCCCUCCAGAUGUUGCUGAACUACAACUCCCAUGAAUAUAUUAAUGAAAUAGGCUGAGAGUCAUGGGAGUUGUAGUUCAGCAACAUCUGGAGGGCUGGAGUUUGGGGAAGCCUGUUCUAUUGCAUGUACACCAGAAGAGACAGAUUUGUGUGCCCCUCCCGUAAAAUUAUGGUUUCCAUACCAUUGCUACAGAAUUGUCCGGUUUUUUUUUGUGUGUUUUUUUUAUUACAUUGUGAUCUUAAUCUGAUUCUCUUAAAUGAUGUCUCUUAAGUAUUUUAUGUUUCAUGGUGAAAAAAAAAGAGUUAAAAUAAAUAAAAAAAAUUGCAGAUUAGAGAUAUCAAUAUAGAUUUUAUAUCUGUUUAUGGUAUGUUUGUGUCCAGCUUCUAAAGAUUGCGGGUUUUUUAUUUACUUAAAAGUACUCUUAUAUCUGAGAGUUUUCAGUCAUCUAUUGUGUCUUCUGUUUAUCCUGUUCUGUGCUGCAGUAGUUAUUAUUAUUAUUAUUAUUAUUAUUAUUAAUGUAAAUACAUUUUUUCUUACAGGGGAAAUCGCAAUAUUACACUCACUCUUUCUUGGAACGUUGUCCCAAAUGCCGGGAUCCUACCUCUUGUUACAGGUUCAGGGCACAUCUCCAUUCCAUUCCCAGAUAACUAUAAAACCACAAUGAGUUACUAAGUUACUGCAAGAAUAUUUUUUUUUUUUGUUUUUGUUUUUUUAUUAAAUAUUCCUGUACAUUUUGAAAAUAUCCUGCCUAAAUUUCAUACUUGCAAAAUAUAAACAAGACAUUCAUUUUACAUAAAGAGAUCCCAUUGGAGAAGGAAUCAUAUUUCAAUAAACUAGAAUAGCCAUGUGGCUAAGAGCCUCCCUGUAAAUAAAUCUGAAAAAAUGCCAUUUUUAUGUUUUUAUUUUCAGUUUUUACAUGUCUAUGUCCUCUACAGAAGGGAAAAAAGGACUCAUCUAUUCACAAUAAUGCAAUAAGUUGUUACUGCACAUUGUUGAGCCUUGUAACUUGACAAAAUCCAAAUGAUGUCCAUUUAGAAUAUUGUUGUUUUUUUGUUUUGUUUUUUGUUGUUUUUCUAUCCCCUGCUAUCAAAAUACAUAACAAGGAACAUACCCUUGUAUAUAAAUGAAUGUCCACUGUCUAAGCACUGUUUUUCAAUAAAACUACCAAAUGUCGUGACCAAGUCUGUUUUUAUUUUCUG